GUCAAAGUAGGGUUCAGUGUACACGACCGAUGAAAACUUGGGUCCCGUGAGAUUGACUUUGAUUACGAGGGAUUUCUCUGCUUGUCUUAAUGAAACGCUAAUGAAUCCGAACCCGGCCGGCAAAUCAAUGCCGUUGCAUUAGGAUCGCAUCACAAUAGGAUAUAAACAGGAUUUGGUGAAACAAUGUGUGAAACAAACAUCUGGGGUUCUCCUUAUUUGCCUUCACUGUUACAGGCUUCAGAGCUUGCGAGCGAUUUCGCAUACUUGCACGAUGAUAAAAUAAGGAAACAUUUAGAUUGAACAUAAUUAAUGGGAUAGGAAUAUCAGAUUUAGGUGCAAAGCAGGAGAUCGCUAAAUGCACCAGGUCGAUCUGUCUGUCUACUUACGCAUUACGUUAAGGAUUUAUGACUCUUGUUGGACAAUUGUGGAUAAAGUACCGCUUGAAGAAGAUCCAUGGUCUGUCAUGAUCGGAUAAUAGUCAUUUCGGUCUUUGUCAUGAACAAGCAGCUGGGUAUGAAUUAGUCUGAACGGGAGGUAUGAUUGCUGAAUAGAGAAACAGGACAGAGGUUCAUCAUGCAUAAGAAAACUAAGAAAAGGGUAAUCUAUUUUCACGACUUGAGGGAUUGAUAGAGAGAAUGAUGACUUUCUCUAUGCCUUAUGUUUGUCAAUGAUUGAAUGCUAUUGGACUUGCAAAAGAAUUAGAUUAGUAAUCAACUGUAUGUCAAUAAUUGCUCUACUGAUGAGCCCCUUCGUCCGACUGACAACGAGCACUACCCAUUGGAAACAAUUCAGAAGUCACUUUGCAUACAUAUGACCCAAUAUUGCAUUAUGGUAUUUAUACUUGGUUGGAUAUGCACCCAUCUUGUUGGUAUUGAUUCAAACAGCCAUGGAUUGACAAGGAAAUACUUGUAAAAGAAACACUAAUACACUUCCCUAUGUAUCGAUCAGGACUACUUAGGACAUGAGAGGUGUUCGCUUUUCUGGUCAUUUGUACCAGGUGUUCCUAUGUACCUUUAUAUGGAACACUAACUAUUCGUUUGCAACCUUCAGUGUCCCAUCGCUGAAAAGAAAUAGUUCCCUAUCGGCUAACAUAGCUGCAAAGGAACCAGGUAAUAUAAUUCUUGGUGGACUCUUUCCAGUCCAUGAAAAGGGACAAGGUGACAUACAUUGUGGAAAAAUCAAUACAAAUAGAGGAAUUCAAAGGUUGGAAGCAAUGCUUUUUACAAUCGAUGAGAUAAAUCGUAGAUCUGACAUCCUACCAGAUGUCAAACUAGGGGCGAAUAUACUUGACACUUGUUCAAGGGAUACCUAUGCUCUAGAACAAUCACUGGAAUAUGUCAGGGCCUCGAUGAGCACCCUGGAUGCUUCAGAGUUUAAAUGUGAGGACGGAAGUACAGCAACCUCUAGUACAGCGCCCAAAGCUAUCGCUGGUGUGAUUGGAGGCUCGUACAGCAGUGUUUCUAUACAAGUUGCCAAUCUCUUAAGGUUGUUCAAAAUUCCACAGAUUAGUUAUGCCUCAACCAGCGCUGCACUGAGUGAUAAGAUCCGUUUUGACUUCUUUGCCCGAACUGUCCCUCCAGAUACUUUACAAGCAAAGGCUAUGGUCGAUAUUGUUGUCCACUUCAACUGGACUUAUAUUUCCACAGUUUCCUCUGAAGGAGAUUAUGGGCAAAAUGGUAUGGAUUCAUUCAUACGAGAGGCGCGUGGACGCAACAUUUGUUAUGCCGUAAACGAAAAGAUCCCUGCAUCAUCAACUGAUGCAGAUUUAGACGAAGUAAUUAAAAACUUAUUGUUGAAGUCUAGUGCGCGUGCAGUUGUGAUGUUCACACGUGGUGAGGAUGCGCGCGCACUGUUGUCUGCUGCUACGAGAAACAAUGUAACUGAUAAAUUUGUUUGGAUUGCGAGUGAUGGUUGGGGUAAGCAGGACAUGCCAGUGCGUGAUAAUGAACUGGCAGCUGAGGGCGCCUUAACUAUCGAGCUCCAAUCUACACCCAUUCCUGCAUUCGAUACAUAUUUUAUGGGAAGAACUCCCAGAAACAACAUUCGCAAUCCUUGGUUCAAUAGCUAUUGGGAGCAUGUUUUCAAAUGUAAACUCAAUGGCAUCUCCAAUACAACAUUACAUGAAACCAUUCCAUUUUGUACUGGUGAUGAAAAGAUCUCAAAAAGGGUAUAUAAACAGGAAAGCAAAGUACAGUUUGUAUAUGAUGCAGUGUAUGCUAUAUCUAAAGCCCUUGACAGUAUGUAUACCGAUUUGUGUCCAAAGAGGGAUGGUCUUUGCAGUGCAAUGAAGACAAUCAGUGGAGAUGAACUCUACAGGAGAUACAUUCUUAAUGUAUCCUUUACUGAUGGCUUUGGUGGCCUUGUCCAAUUUGAUAAGAACGGAGAUGGUCUCGGAAGGUACAAUAUCAUGAACUACCAGCGCAACAGGAGGACUGGAAAAUACGAGUACCACGUAAUAGGAAAGUGGGCCACUGGGGUCCUGACACUAGAGCCAAAGGGUCAUCUUGUAUGGGCUGGAGGAAGGUAUGAAAUGCCCACUAGUCAAUGCAGUAAACCAUGUAAUUGGGGAGAAAUCAAACACGUCCAACAAGGAGAUAAUUGUUGUUGGCUAUGUACUAAAUGUCAACCGUGGGAGUUUUUAAAAGAUGAAUUCACGUGUGUGGAUUGCGGUCCUGGCUUAUGGCCCCAUGAAAACAAGAUGGCGUGUUUCAUGUUGCCAGAGCAGUAUAUGCAAUGGGGAAGCAUCUACGCCAUAGUACCAAUGGCCCUAUCGUGUAUAGGAAUGCUAGUCACAAUAGUGACAAUGUUGACGUUUGUACGCCAUAACGAGACACCAGUAGUAAAGGCAUCCGGACGAGAGCUCAGCUUUAUGCUGCUCUCUGGCUGCCUGAUAUGCUAUCUUAUGUCUUUUAUACUACUCGCCAAACCAACUCUUAUCACAUGUGCUCUCCAAAGGUUCGGAGUGGGAUUUGGCUUUUCAGUUAUAUAUGCAUCCCUUCUAACAAAAACAAAUAGAAUCUCACGAAUAUUUUAUAGUGCAAGUAGAUCUGCCAAAAGACCAGCAUUCAUAAGUCCUAAGUCUCAAAUGGUGAUAUCUUCAAUUUUGAUAUCUAUCCAAGUUGUAUGUACUGGAGUGUGGCUCGUUCUAGAGCCACCAGGAACCAGGAAAUAUUUCCCAAAUGGUCGGAGGGACGAAGUGAUAUUAAAAUGCAACAUUCAGGACUUAUCAUUCCUCAUUUCACUCAUUUAUAACAUGUUACUUAUCCUAAUAUGUACUGUGUAUGCUGUUAAGACUCGGAGGAUCCCCGAGAACUUCAAUGAAAGCAAGUUUAUUGGAUUUACCAUGUAUACCACCUGUAUCAUAUGGCUAGCCUUUGUGCCUAUAUACUUCGGGACACUAAACUCAUUUGAGAUUCAGAUUACCACCCUAUGUAUCUCUAUCAGUCUCAGCGCGUCUGUUGCCCUGUUGUGUCUGUUCGCUCCUAAGAUGUAUAUAAUAGUCUUCCAGCCUGAGAAAAACGUUCGCAAAUUGACAAUGAAUCACAAUCACUCCACUAACUACAGCAGCGCCAGCUAUGUUAAAGCCAACUGUGGGGGCAGCCUGACCAAGCCCAAUAAUAAUUCAAACCAUAAACAAAUCGAGGGGGGAAAUUGCAUCCCAGCAUCUCCCGAUCACGAAGUUAACAAUAUACAGCUCAACUACACGUCUCCCCUUAAGGCUGGUGCUUGUACUGAAACUGAUACGGACCCAGAAAAAGACAGUUUGACGUCGCUAUAGUCGGAGCACGUGUGCAUGCGUGAAUCAACGUUGGUCUGGUUAAGUAUUUAGCGGUCCAUCCCACCGGCAAGAACGCCUCUUGGAAGCAAUGGAAAGAAUUUGGCGAUACACAUUGAUAGAUCUGUCAUUGUGUCACCCCCAGAAAUGGUGACA